GAAAGCGGUUUACCUUUUAUGAUAAAUACAAUUGAAGCUAAAAAGAAUGCGUAAUUACAAGCAAAACUCGCCAGAAUUUGGUGGAAAGAUCUUCAGCUUGCAUACGCGAUCGAUGUGAAAAAUCGCGUUGAAAAACGGUGCAUAAUUAUUAUAAUCCAAAGCCUGAAAUUAGGGGCAUACUUGACAGUUCAGCCUGAGAAAAUCCUAUCAAAACUAUGAAAGAAAGACGGAAAAACCUACAUUCGAUCAUCUCGAAAAUAUCGGGAAACGUGGAUUCAAACAGUGAACCCGAUACACAGGAACCUUCAAUUACAAGUGUUCCCGAGUGUCCAAACACUCAAAGCAACGACAAAGCAGUUUCAGAAAUGAAAAUUGCUGAUGACCAACAACCACAACGACCCCUAACAAGAAUGUUUGCUAAAGAAGGGGGAGACCAAUUACGACAAGACGCAGCCAUAAGAAGAAUUAAUUCGCAGCUUCUGGACCCAGUUGCUUCACCUCCAUUCAUCUGUGACCUAUGUUCCGUGGCUUUCCUCACGAAACGUGAACUUCAGUUGCACGUCAUGUGUCACGGUAUCCAUAUUGCUGGCAAUGUUGGUGAGGAGAAGGUAAAGGCUGUGGUGCAAAGACCAGUGGAAGCACCCCCCUCACCCACGAUAUCUUCUGGACCACCCACCAGUGAAGCUAUAAUAUUACCCGCAGAAGACUCGAAAACAAGCGUGAGCAAGAAUGACGAGCCUGACCCAGAACCUGUCGUUGUCAACAGCGAAGUGAAAAUUGUUGACGUCCUUUCUCUGGCCACUGCAACCAGAGGAUUUAAAGAACCCGGCAGCAUCUGGUGCUCGCUGUGCAAGUGCACGGUCGACAAGGGACACACUUGCAAAGUUUAUCAAACAAGUUAUCAUGCCGAGAAGACCAAUGAAGAAGGAUUCACUUGCGAACUUUGUGGUCGUUUUUACAACCAAAAACGGAAGCUUCGCACGCAUCUUCGCAACAGACACAAAGGUUUUCGCCUUCAGGAAGAUGAGGGAUACAUGUGUUGGCAAUGCUGGCAGGCCUUUCCUGAAAUUAAGAUCUUAGAAGAACACAUUGUACAAGUCCAUGGUCAUGAAAGUCGAAGGCAGAACUCGACAUGGAGGCCGUUCACUCAACCAUCCACCUUGCCACUGGACGAGAAUGCAGACGAGAGUGUUAGUCCAGAUCCUAAUGCCAGCCCAGUGGAAAACGCCUCAAAUGCCGAUCAACUAAACCUCGCUCUUAAGCGAGCAAGUGAAAAUACUCACUCAAAUCCUCCAGCGAAAAAACCACAUAUGGAGGUGACCAACGGCGUCAUCAGCGUUGCAGAGGUAAAUGGAAAGGUUGUAGUUACUGAUGCACCAUUGACGACCGAGAACUCCACAUCUGGUCAGACUUGCAUCUUCAUACCGAAUAAAUCGCAAGACGCAAGCAAUGAAACGUCGACAAAUGCUGAUACGCCAGGUACGGUUAACAAUGUAAACUUUGGUAGCCCAAAUGGUACAAAUGGUUGCGAUACCAGAAACCAAACUAUGGGUAAUUCACCUACCAACACAACUGUACCAUUCGUUGAGAAUCCGAAGAAGAGAACGGCAAAUAGUCUAAAACAACAAUGCCCACACUGUCCUGAGAAGUUCCCGAAAAAAUACAUGCUACAACUACACAUCCAAGAAGCUCACGGUGAAAACAUGCAUUGUUUUUACUGUUCAACGUCUUGCGCUACGAAGGAAGUUCUCGCUUCGCAUAUUAAAACUGUUCACACUGAAGAAAUGCGAAAUGCGAAAUGUCCCAUUUGCCAGUGCAAGUGUCUCGGAGAACUGCACCAACACAUCGUCCAGUAUCAUCACAAGGAUUUGCUGACUCGGAAGUCCAAAGAGCGCGUGCUGUCCACGUGUCCGAUAUGCCACGCAGCCACAACGGAUGCCUAUCAUUUACGCUGGCAUAUCCUGAGAGAGCAUCGUGGGCUCCAACUUCCCAAAGAACUCCAAGAUGGUUUGGGCGAGGAUACCGGGAGUGAAAGCGGGAGCUCGGUGAGUAAUGAGGGACCAGAAGCGGUAGCCGAUGGUACCAAAGGAUAUAAAACUCAUUUCGAUGGUAACAGUGAACAUAAAGGUACAAAAGAGGGCAAUGACAAUCGAGAAAAAUUGAAAGAUGAACUCGAGAUCGUGUUUGUAUCGGACAGAAAUAUCAAAUCUGAUUGGUCAGCUCCCACAGCCAAUAGCGUUCCUACCACCAGCACGGCAACCUUUGAUAGGUUGAGUCCAAAAGCCAAUAGCGUAGCUCCAAUCAGUACAACAGCCUCUGAUAGGACGAGCCCGAAAGUCAAUGGCGUGGCCCCAAUCAGCGCAGCCAAUAACAGCCACUGUAUCAAGAAGGACGCUGACAGCUCGAAUGGCGUGAGUCCAAAAGUUGAUCCAAGUAAAAGCGUGCAAGAUAACGUCCACAGUACAACAGGUCAAGACGAGAAGACCAGAGCAAGUCCAGUGAUGUACGAUCAUCAUAGUUUGAGUCAAGAUACGUGUGUGUUCUGCUUUAAGAAGUUCACCAAGGAAACUCUGACCUCCCACCUGCGUGGCGACCACGGCUGGGUCGACAAGUUCACCUGUCCAAUUUGCUCAUUCAAAGAUGAUAAAUAUGUAACAAUCGUCGAACAUUUCUGUCAGUCUCACUUCCAUCCGACCGAGGAAACACCGAUGACGCAAUGCGACGCGAAGUGCUUGAAAUGCGAUAUCACCUUUCAAGAUAUUUGCCACCUGAAGAAACACUCAUCAGCUCUUCAUUCAUUCCAACUGUCAUCUGAGUCAUCCUACAACACGUUUAAAUGCAGACAUUGCAAUAUCAUAUUCGAGAAGCAGUUUGACGCGCAGAAACAUUUCGAUGUUUAUCAUUUGUUCCGCAUUCGCUAUAAAUGUGAAUCGUGCCGGAUGGGUUUUACCGCCAAACACGAUUUCCAAGAGCACGUCACGUGCAAUCACCCGGAACUCGUGAAGAGCUUCUGUCCAGUGUGUGGGCUUGGCUUUGAGGUCAGUUCCGAUCUCGAGGAACACGUGUUUGAAAUGCACCGACGGAAAGCGCAUUUCUUCUGCGGACAAUGCGGCAACGAGUUUAGCGAUCGUUUCCACGUUCACAUGCAUAUUCGUUCGAAUUGCUGCGUCACGUGGGCUGACAGUAAUUUCGAAUGUUUGGACUGUCUGACCGCUUUCUCCACGAUCUCUGAACUGCGAAUUCAUUGCAAACAAAAGAGCUGUAAAAAUGACGUGAAGAAAUGAUGAGGUUUGAUUAGAUUUUUAAGACGAGUAAGAGCGCACGAUACGAAGGCUGAUGAUAUUGUUGACAACGCAUUCAGUGCCAUGAAAAGCAGCGAUUUCAUUGAUAAGUAUAUUGUAUGUUUCUUCCUAGUCUUUUAUGUUUGGCGCCCGAAUAUUAGACACGAUCCUGGGGAGGUUUAAGGUGAGGGGUAGACUUAGGUUGAGGGAUGGGGUUAGUAGGUGGGGUUAGUAGGUGGGGUUAGAAGUAUAGUUGGUAUAGUGUUAGGUGCAUAUGGGGGUAUAAGUUGUGCGUAUUUGCGCGCGAAACAUAAAAGCUUAAAAGCUCAACUUCACGUGCGAUUCAACUCAAUUCUCCCCGGAGGAAAUUGGUUUAAGCAGAGGGUAAACGGAUUUUACAGUGCAUUAUCAGUAAAUUGCCCAGCCAUUAAUCGCGAUAUUUAUUUUGUUAAUAUUUAUUUAUAUCGUUUUCAAGUGUGAUUGUUAUGACAUAUGUAUGUCGAGUCGUUCUCAGUGACUGAUGACCUAAAAUCACAGAAAGAAUGUGUAGGAAUUUCUGAGGAAAGAUUUCCGUAUGUGAAUAAGGUUGUUGAUGAUAGAAAAAAAGGUCAUAUUCAAAAUUGCGCUUUUCCUUUAUUUAAGAAUUGACUUUCGUCAGAUGCAUAAAAUCACGUGAAGUUGAAGCUUUCUUCGUUAAAAUUUUUAUUAGCUUGUAGUUUUAGUGAAAGUUUAUGAUGUUCAGAAUCCAUUAUUAGGUUAUAUUGUUUGGAAAUCUUAUUUUGCGAUAUUUUAUUUUCAUAUUGUAGGAGGUUCUGGAUUUCUAAGUCGGCAUUUUGAUUGGGUAAUAAUGACGAAGUUUAAGAAAUGAAAAGAUUAGUCAUUAGUAUUGUUACAUAUAGUUCUAUUUCAAAAUAGCACAAGACACUGGCGUGUUUCGUGGAAGAGCAAAAACGAAUCACAUUUUAUCUGCUUGUGCUUAGACUUGAAGUUCGUCAUCAUUACCCUACGAUUCGUUUCCAAAUUCUGGUGGUAACUGUCAUUAGCAAGUCCAAGUAUCAUUAGAAGAGAUAGUGUAAAUGUUUUAUAUAGCAUCAGGACACUAUUUCACAUAGGCCACACUGACACGGUCGUUGCUCGUGACGUUACGAUCACACUCGGAAACGAGGACUUUAUUAUUCCACUACGAUGGCUCCAGUCAGCCUAAUCUUCUGUGUUUUGCCGUAUUUUUGUCACUACCGACCAAACCCGUCUUGGGAGAAUUUAUUUUAUUUAUUAAACCGCCUUCUCUUGUGUCACGGCUGACUUUGCUGUGUCUGCAGGAAUUGUUAUUUACAAUUCGUCGUCUUCUAUAGCCAGUACAGUCGAUAAUCGACACAGAGGAUGGCGAAAGUGGUUAAUAUGCUAUAAGCAUCUGUACGUCUGUUAGUAGAAUUGUGUCCAAUCUGUAAAUUAGUAUAUGUGAGUAAUGUGACUAGAACCUUAAGUUAUUUUAAAGAAGUCUUGGGCGUAGUGUAAAACUGCUCUGAACGCAAAUGUUGGAGAGGUAAAAUGCAUUGAUAGUCCGACAUCGUCUGACAAUCAAAGGCAGUUUUUUCCUCCAUGUCAUGAAUGGUUUAUGGUGUUUCAUUUCUUCUCCAACACUGCUUACAGAUAUUACAAGUUUUGACUGACUAUCAUUCACAAACGUUGUGUACUGCCUGACCAAUUUUGACAGUGAUAAACCUACUUAAAGUUUAUCAAUUUUCAAAUGCCAUGAUAAAAAAGCUCAAAAUAUAUGACUUCCCGUAAGUUACGCUUGUGUAGAAAUGUUGCUUUGAUUUCGUUCAAGAAUGAUUGACGUUCAAUAAUUCAUAUUUUAAACAAGACAAUUCUAUACAGCGGUAUUUACCUGGGGCCGGUUGUAUCAAGCCCGUUUAGCUUAAACGGUGGAUAAGUCAAAAUUAAAUAACACUCU